AUGCGGGAGGACGGCGCCUGCGUGUUGGACUCGCCGCUGGAGAGUGUAGGGGACGCCGUGGCCCUGGCGAGCGAAGUCCUCCAGCAGGUCGGGGUGAAGCCCGGGAAGGAGGUGUGUUUUGGGGUCCGCCUGCAGUGCCCGACGGUGCAGCGCAGCGCCUUGGAUGGCAGCACCGGCAGUAUCUUUCCCCCGCAUUCGGCCAAGGAGCCCGGGAUGGGGAAAAAGCAGGCCUCCGGGAGUAUGCGGAAGAAACCCCUGCAGCAUUCGCUGGUAGGGAUACCGGAUAUCAUGUACGCCCUUCACCCGGGGGAUACAGACGUCACGGGGGCGCAGGUGGCCCUCUAUCUCACCCAGCAGGUGGAGAAAACGGGCGGGACCUUGGUCUAUCUUGAGGACACCCACAGCGCCCAGGACGAGGAAGGCCUGCAUCGCUUGCAGGGAAUGCUCAAAGAGCAGCUUGACUGGGGCGGCAUUGUUUCGGGGUAUGGCCUGUACGACUGCCUGAACAAGCCCUACGACGUGGAGGAGCGAAUUUCAAGUGGGAUUCAGCGGGUAUGGACGCAGAAUUUGGUGCUCUGCCCGGAUGCCGUUGGCUCGCUCACACGGUUAAUGCGUCUAAGCCAGACCAUCCGCGCAGGGGGACGGGCGGUGAGUAUGGUGCAGGUGCCUCACGUCCGGCCUGCGGAGGCGGUAGUGGAUUUGGCCUUAGGAACCAACACCUCAUUUUUAAUCCUUAACGGCUUUCAACAUCCGUCAGGAUGCGAGGCCGCGUCUCGUUUCCUGUCGCUGCAGUCUUCUCUUCUGCAAAGCCGAACUCUGGGGGAGCCACCGGCAUGGACAAGUUUUUUCCCAAAGGAUUUGCCAUCAGUGCCAAAUGAUAUCGUAAUCCCCGAAAUACGCCGAAAAAAUGAUAAGAGAAGGAAACCCGGCAAGUAA